AUGAGCACCGCGAGUCUCGUGGAGGCGCUGUCCGAGAUCGUCGCGAUGCUCCUGAUGGGCGCGGCGCACGUGGCCAGCCCUCUGCAGCUCAUCCUCCAGACGCUCAUGGCGCGGCCGGCCUGGCUGCGGAGCUCGAAGCUGCGCCCGCGUUCCCGCCCCAGGAGCAGCGCGCCGCGGUGCAGCGCGCAGCCGCGGCUUCGGGCCUGGCGGGGGACCCAUGGGCUGCCGCCGCCGCUGGCCCCGGCCCGCCCCCCAGCCGGCCAGGGAUCCCUGCCCCGCUUGACCGAGCGGCGGCCCGUCCUGCCCCUGGGGCGCUUCCUGGCGGUGCUUCGCGUCCUCCUCGUGGCGAUGGCGCUGGCGGUGCAGCUGUGGACCCCCGACAGCGGCCCCCACCGCCUUCACCGGCCGGGGGUCGCCAGGCAGAUCACCGACCACGCGGCCCAGGUCGACUCGAGGCUGGCCGCCCAGGACACGGCGAUCGACGAGGUGCGGAGGGACAUCGCCGAGCUCCGCCUUGCCCUCAACGUGGGCGAAGAGCUGUCCAAGCGCUACGUCUUGCGCAUGGGUGGCGCGAGCGGGCUGGCGGCCAUGCGGGUCCGCAAGUUCUUGGCGCUGCUCCAACCCGAACGCGACCGGUGGGAGCGCAUCCACUGCCCCCUGCCCGGCGGCGCUGGGGAGACCACUGAGUUGCGCAUGUCGGUGGACAAGAGCCCCAAGCAGGUGGCCCGCGAGAUUGCUUGCAAAAAGGUCCGCCUGGCCUUGGGGCCGUUGGUCCCCGAUGGCAAAAUCUUCGUCCACCGCGAGGGCGGCGUGCUCACCUACAAGUUCAUGCCCAUCUGCAAGGUUGAGCCUUCUGCAAUUCGCCGCCAGCCUCCGCAGGUCUUCUGGUGCGAUCCCUCCUUGGCGCAGCUGGGCCCCCAGCGCGUUGCGCUUGCUGAGGCGGUCCGCGGGCGGGCCGGUGGAGGCGGCGUGCUCACCAUCUUCCCGUACUCCGAGGAGCGCAACUAUGAGGCAACGGAGGCGGUGCGUGGCCGAGUCCUGCAGACCAAAGUUUUGAUUCCUAGUGAUGGCAUUUUUGGCCCUUCUGGCUGCCUCGUGCAUUGGAAUAUCCACAAUUUCAACUUCUCCAACGCGCAGUUCGAGCGCAUCCGCACGAUGCUGGCUGCGGACAUUGAUGAUGCCACUCGUGCCCCCGCGUCGUGCGCCCUUGUGGUCGCCGGCGAUUUCAACCUUUACGCCAGAGACCACUUCCACCAUGACUGGGUCUCGGGGGGUUCGUUGGCCACGCAGCCCCAGGCCGACGGCCGGCGCGCCCCGCGACGCCACGAGCGACAGUGGAAUGCAAUGUUUGGGCGCAUGGUCGAGCUCGUGGCGCGGUCGCCGACGCACGUGCACCGCGGGCUGAAGACGUUCUCGGCGAUCGACCGGGUCUUCACUGCAUGCCCGACGCGGCUCCUCAAGCAGACGCGGCAGCAGGCGGAGGUCGCCGAGCCCCCUGAGGAGCUCCACGCCCGCGAGCUAAGCGACCAUGGGGUCCUGCUGGUGCGUUUCGGCCACCGCGACGGCGAUGGCGACCCCAGCGGGCAGACGCGGAUGGACGGAAGCUGCAAGCCGAUUCCGCCGUCCCUCUUCCGGAUGUCCGGCGCCCGGGAACUGAUCUCUGCCUACGCCGCGGCCGCGGCGCUUGACUCGUUCGCCGCUCACCCGCCGACGAUGCUGGAUCUGCACGCCCGCAUCCUGCAGGAGGUCGGCGCCCGCAUGCGGGACUACAACUUCGCGGCGCGGCUCAUCCACGUCCACAGCUGGCUCUCCGAGUUCGUCGAGGUCCGUCCCGGGCGAAUGCUGCUGGUGGAUGGCGCGGCGUUCCGCGCGGCCCACGACCGUGCCCAGCGCGCCGAUCUCCUGCGCCAGGAGGCGCGCCGUGGCCAGCUGGCCCCAGGCCGGCCUCCCUCCCCAGCCCAGGCUGGCCCUGCCACGCCGGCGCCGUUACGACAGCAGCUGGCGGGGCAGCGACGCGCCCACGAGCGGCGCACGAAGCUCUGGUCGCCUUUCGGCAAGCGGCGCUACCUCACUGGCGUGGAGGUGGAGGGCCAGGUGGUCAACACCCCCUCGGAGCGGGCAGCAGCGCUCGCGGCGCACUGGACCCCCGUCUUCUCCAACGUCACGCCUGUCGACGAGCGGGCCGCCCAGCGGUACUUGGACCGCCUGUCGACCCGUCUCGCGCCCGAGCAGCUGGCUGGC